AUGUCGGACGGAUUCGCCACAAAAGAAGAGGUGGAGAAGAUUUUUUCCAAGUUGAGACAGCACCCGGCCAACCAGGUCUGUUUCGAUUGUCCCAACAAAAACCCCACCUGGACCUCGAUCCCAUUUGGCAUUCUACUCUGCCUAGAGUGCUCAGCAGUGCACCGUAACUUGGGUGUCCAUAUCUCGUUUGUCAAGUCGCUGAACUUGGAUCAGUGGCAGAGAAUCCAGUUGAGACACUUUAAGUUUGGCGGUAACCAGGUCGCCAAGGAAUUUUUCACGAAAAACGGCGGUUCCCAAUACGUCAAUGGUAAAGCUGAUGCUACCACCAAGUACCAGAGCCCCGUGGCCAAGAAGUAUAAAGAAAAGCUAAAGAAGACCGCCCAGCAGGACGCCUUGAAGCACCCCGACGAGGUCACGCUAGAUGACACCCUGGAUCUGUUGUCAUUGGUGGACGGGUCUCUGUCAAGUGCUGCUGCUUCUACGGACGACUUCUUCUCCAACUGGAGCAAGCCAAUCAACCUGACCCCUUCCCCCUUGGGUCUGAGACCUUCCACGCCUUCUGCGGCUGGCUCUAACGGCGGCUCGGCCUCUGUGUCAGGCGACGAAGCGGCACCCAGGAAACCAGCUGUGAGAACUGCAGCAGCCAGGGCUAAGAACAACGCCAACGCGUUGGCCGCCAAAAAAUCGAUCCUCUCGGGCAAGGGCAACGGACCCAGAACGUCGCGGGCGGCUGCCAGGAGAGUGAAACAGCAGGAGGAGGAGAUCGACUUUGAGGAGCUUGAGAGAAAGGCCAAGGAGGAGGCCGAGGAGGCCAAGAAGUUGGGCUACAAGCCCCAGGCAGAGCCUGUGCUGGAGCCUGCCCCCAGAGCGCCCAAGCCCGUGUCGCUGUUGUCGUUGGGCAGCUCUUCUACGCCGGAAGAGACCCCCAAGCCUGUGGAGGAAACCACGGUUCAGUUCCAGAAGUUGGGUUUCGGCAUGACACAGGGCGGCAACGACACGUCUAGCACCAAGAAGAAGUAUAACGACGUGGCCUACACGGGUGAGGUGGCCAGCAAGUACGGCAAGCAGAAGGGUAUUUCUUCGGAUGAGUAUUUCGGCAGAGGCCCUCGUUUUGACGAGAACGUGAGGCAGGAGGCCCAGCAGAAGCUCCAAGCUUUCAACGGCAGCCAGUCGAUCUCAUCGAGCUCGUACUUUGGCGAAGAAGAGGAGGCCGGACAGGGUCCACGCAGAAACCAGGGUGGAUUUGGUGAGUUUGAGAGCGCUGCCAGGGACUUUGCGCUGAAGUUCUCUGGUAACGCCAACCAGGACCUUGACGUGUUGAAGGAUGCAUUAGAGGAUGGAGCCACCAAGUUGGGUGGGUACUUGAGGGACUUCUUGAGGUAA